GGCUCUGCGCCAUCAUCCACUACCUGGUCUGUGGGCAACUGGGCUGGCUGGGGGUGACAGUCGCCUGCGUGGUGCCCGGCUACGCAGCUCAGCUCCUCAGCAUCCUCUGGUUCCGGGCAGACGGUUUCCCACCCGACUGCUGGCUCCUGGUGCUCCACCUCCUGCAGCUGGGCCUCUGGAAGCGGUACUGGGAUGUUUUGCGGAUGGUGACAAAGGCGGGCGGCAAUGCCCGUGCCAGGGAGGUGCUGAUGCAAUGCGGGGACGUGUGUGUGCUGCAGCUCCUGGAAGCCCUUCUCCAGAGCCUGCCUCACCUCCUGGUUCAGGCCUACGUCGUCGUGGCAGUCGACCCAGCAGGUUUCAUCCCUGGUGUCAGCGCUGGGCUGUCCCUGCUCUCCCUCGCUUGGGCUUUGGUCUCCUACAGCCGCUUCGCCUGCCUGCUGAAACCCGGUCACCUCUGCCCGCCGGCUGCGGCCAUCCUCUGCCUGCUGCUCUGGAGGACAGGGAUGCUGGGGACCAGGAUCCUGGCCCUGGUCCUUUUUGCCAAGCUGUAUUCCUUCUGGGUUUUUGCUGUGGCAGGUGUCCACUGGCUGCUCAUGUCCUUCUGGCUGGUGGCCCAGCAGACAGAUAUCGUGGCCCAGCCUUGCCGUUGGAGGCUUUUCAAUUGCCUCGUAGGAGCUGUGCACAUCUUCUGCUACAUUAAUGUCCAGCCCGGUCCUUCCAAGCACAGGGUGGCUGUGUUUUAUUCAAUAAUGCUGAUGGAAAACACCCUCCUGCUGCUGUUGGCCACCCGGUUCCUUCAGGCAGAGCUGAGGGACAGCCUGUGUGUGACCGGGGCCGUCAUGUCAGGGUCUGUAAUAGGUGCUGCAGCUCUGGUGGUUUAUUACAGCCUGCUCCAUCCCAAGUCCACAGAGAUCUGGCAGGGCUUCCUGAAGACAACCUGCAGUGCUGGGGUUGCCGGUGAUGACAAGGCUGCUGGAGAUGUCUCUCAAGCGGGGCAGAGUUCAGGAAUUUCAGGAGGUGGAGAGUCUUUGGCUGGGGAAGGGACCAUGGCAGAUCCCAAAAAUGGGAAUGGCUCAUCUCUCCUGCAGUUGGGAGGGGGUUUGGAGGACAGCUGGACAAGCCAUCACCACUGGCUGCUGGUAAAGCUGGCUUUGAAGACAGGAGAUAUGUCCGCCAUCAACGCAGCUUUUGGAGAUGGUGGCGUGGGAGAGGUUUACCCUGGGCAAUGGAUGAUGGGGAAACCCUCCGGUGCUGAGCCUGGGGCAGACUUUUCCCUCCCCACGAGGGAAAUUGAUCCUCGGGGUGUUGAAUCAGGUCUGAGCGAUGAGAAAUCGCCGGUGGCAGGGAAGAGAGGAGGCAGCAAACCCAUCGUUGGUGCUGCAAGAACAGCGCAGGAGGAUGGAGCAAGGCAGGAGCCUGCUUUUCACUCGGCCGUGCCCUUUCCCAGCAGCUUCUCCCUGGAUCCAGCAGAAGGUUCCUCUGUGUAUUUCAGCGCGACUGUGGGAGGCAUCACCUCGCCCAGCACAGGGACAGCAACAUGCAUGGCCGUGGUGCAAAAGGACAAUGAAACCCAGUCUCCUCCAGGCAGCCUGGGAGAAGGAGAGGGAGGAAAAGGAGGAGGAGGAGGGGAUUUGUCCCUUGGGAUAGAGAGCAUCAGCCCAAUCCUGGGCGCUUGUGCCCACAAGCAUCUGCGGAGCAGCUCUUCCGUUGGCGACUGCGGGGUGACGGGUCCCCUCAAAGAGGGCUCGGAGCCUGUGGAGCUGGAAGGUGCCCUGGUGGAGUGGCAUCACCUUUGGGACACCCACCCUUGUGUGACAGGAGGGACUGUGGCGAGGAGCAAGCUGAGGUCACCGUGCUUCACCUCCACCCCCAAGGCCGACCCUAAAUGCCCCCAGCGAGGACCGGGGGAGCUGGGAGAGGGGACAGACCUGUACAGGACUCUGGCAGCAGAGGGAAGGCAGCAGGAAGGACAGACAUGCAAUGAAUUAUUAAAAAAACCCCAAACCUUCCAUGAUGCUCAGGAUUGA